AUGCUGGACGUUUCAAUGAGUCCAAAUGAUCAGCUUAUACAAUUUCCAGUUCUUAAAGUAUCUGGACAAGAUAAGCGGUUUCUGGAACCGGUUGAAGUACUUCUCGGUUACUCUUGUCCCGCCGUUGAGGAGUUAGAUGAGAAGUUUCUUCCUGUCGACAAGAAGAUUCCCUUCACGUCCAAACAUGGAGUAUUGCUACGUAGCCAUAAUAAUUCUGAGGGUAACAAAACAUGGGAAAAUGUACACGAUAUUGAAACAGCGGUGAUAGAACGAAGCCGGAAAGAUCGAUUGGAAAUAUCAUUUCGCGUUUAUCAUUUUUGCGAGUAAGAUAUUCAUCUCGUUGGAUGAAACUGCGUUUAGUGUUUCUCCAUUCUUUGUUCUCCCGGCUGUCCUCCUUUGUCUUUUUGUUUUCCACUUUCUUCCUCCUUAUCUCUUGGCCUUUAAUCUACUUUCUUCUCUGUCUAUCCUUUUGUUCAUUUCGUUCAUUUCUUCAUUAUUGUUUCAUUAUUUCUGCUCCCCCUAGCUAUUUCUUUUCUCUGUUUCGAUCUUUCUUUAUUCCCCCUUUAUCCUCUUUUUCUCCUGAUGCACAUCUCUCCAUCUCCUCUUCUUUUACCCCCCUUCUUUUUCCUCUUCCCUUCUCUCUGCGUUUAUCUUGCCUAUUUCCUUCCCCCCUUCUUCUCUCUGCUGUUCCGUGGGUACCUUCUCUCGUCCUUUAAUAUUCUCCCAUGCAGUAGUUCAUUUUUCCCCGUCUUUUCCCCACUUUACUCUUACCGUUUACUUAUUUCUCUUUUUUCCCGUUUUAUCUAUUUCAUGCAAUCGUUGUUACUACUUCCUUACUUCUCUUCUUUUGUAUUUUCUAGGUUACAUGCAGCUGUGAAAAAAAGUGAGGACGUUAGCACUGAAAGCGUAGUGUCCACUGGUGAAAGCCACCAGGGAGAAGCUUCGCCUGGUGUCAAAGCAGUUUGUGUGGCAGCACACGAAAUUGAUUCACAAUCAGACCGAAGACUUUUUGCUGUAGUGGCGCCUUUAAAUAAACGGAAAGAAGUGAAAACAGACUGGGGUUCGUCGGGAGAAAUAUUUAACGUGCAACUUAAAGAUAAUGAUGAGAUCUAUUAUUGUGUACCGCUGGGCGACGGCCAUUUACAACUACCAGAUGACAAUAUUCGGUAAGAAUGUCUACCACUAAAACCAUCCAUGGAUACUGGCUUACCAAGAAAACCCGCACAUGACAAAAUUCCCGCAGACAAAAUCCGCGACAACAAAACCCCCAAAUUACCGAAUUUAGACAAAAAGCCACAUUUUAAUCCAAAGUGAAAAAUAAAAAAAAUGAGAAAAGUUUUUUAAUUGCUUGAUUUGCUCGCAGUUCGUGCUAAAAUGAGCAAUGACUCACAAAAGUAUUCCGCAUGGUAAAAAGAACAAUACAUGUACAUGUGGGCCAGUGACAAAAGCAAUUCAAAGAAAAAAAGAUGCAUGGAUGAAGAACAAUGCACGUGGUCCAGUAUAAACAAAGCAAUUUAUAACAAAAGCAAACCGCAUGGAUAACUCUCAAAGUGUUACGUAAAAAAGCACAUUUCUAGGAAAUGAGUCAUCACUUGAAGGUUAAUACGUAACCCUAUAAAAAGGCGCUUUAGAUUCUCAAUUCAUUUACAGCUUAGUUCGAUCCCAAUCAUGUAAGUCAUUCAAAGCGACAAAUGGGGUGAAAAGCUACGUUACGAUGGUCAUAUGUACACAAAAGUGUCUACCUGCGCUUUCCUGCAAUGGCAAAAUAACAACUGCCAUAGAUGUGUCACGGUGUGGGGUUUUUGUCUGAAUUCGGUAAUUGGGGUUUUUGUCGGUGGAGAUAUAGUCGUCGGAGUUUUUGUCGCCGGGGAUUUUGUCUUCGGGGAUAUUGUCAUGUCAUGUUAGGGUUUUGUCAUAGAUUCAUGGAUACUACAUAGUUCUCGUGCGGUCGUACCGUCCUGACUCAUCAGCCAUUUUUAGCUUAAUUAACAUACGAUGCAAUUGAUUCUCCCUCCUUGUUCUACAUCUCUUCUCUCUUCGUUUUUUAGACCUUUUUUAUUUAUUUUUAUUCCAGCUUUGCUAAAAAUGUUCGCAAUUAAUUCGCUUUGCCACACAUAAUUAAAGCAUGAUUGAUCUUUUAAUGGGUUACUACCACUUUUCGCAAAAAGAGUUGAGUUCAAAUUUGAACAGAAAUUUAAACACUAAGAUAGUUAAAAGAUAUUUAACCAGAAAGUUAAAACUGUAUCUAAAAUAUUAGGAAACAUACCAGGAAUAAAAAAUAAUCCAAUAUAAUGAUGUUUAGCGACGGUUACUGUGGCAACAAUGGCCCCACUUAUUUUUUAAUCAUAAUUAUUUACGAAAAGACUUUCGCGAUCCACAAGUUUUUUUAAUUAAUAGAUUUCUCACAUGAUGGAUAAUGAAUAGGGAAAUUUGUAAAAAAAAUCUGUUGUACGAAACUUAUUUAAGGGCUAAAACGUGGUUUCUCUUGUUUAAACUGUAAUUGACGGCCGUAUUGAAACGUCAUUGUUUCCGUUAACCGUUGCUAAACAUCGUUACUGAAUUGUUUUUCAUUCCUAGUAUGUUUUCAAAUAAUUUAGAUAUAGUUUUAGUUUGCUGGUUUAAUAUUUUGGUGUUAAAUUUUGCUGUUCGAAGUUGGACUCAACACUUUUCGCAAAACUGUUGAGGGCCACCUUAAGAUAUCGAGCAAAAGCCCAUUGGGUACCGACGCCCCAUUUACUGACUUGCUGUUAUAUUGCAAGUGAUUGGACUGUAUUUUGAAAUUCUUUCGUUUAGAUUUUACCUGGAUGAAGUCAAUAGCCGAUAUAAUCGUGUCGACUGUGAUGGAUCUGUACUAGGUAGGCUGGACAUGCGUUUUACCCCCACAGAAUGUGUUGAUAAGAAGCAUUUUGGUACCGAUUGUCUGGGUAAAUGUGCAAUAAUUCGAAGACAGGUAUGUUGUGGCAUUCCCCUCCUGAGUCUAUAGCAUAGUAGGUUGCCAAGCAAGCCGGUACGUUGUUUAAGAAAGUUGAUUUAGCAGCCAAACCAUAUCCAAGCACAUAGGUUAUUGGCUCGAACAUGCAAUGACAAAGAGACUGACCUGUUCACCAAGGAAAUUUUGUGUUAUUGUGACUUCAUCAAAACCUUAUUGUAACGAGCGGUUCAUAUUUGUUUGUUUUGCUAUUUUAGGAUAUGUAG